AUGCGUGUUGUAAAAGGAGAAACUUCUUCCCGACAAUCCUAUCAACGUUCUGCAAAAGCAAAUGUUUCAAUUUUGGAAGCUUCCCCUGAAGGCAAAUACAUUGUAAUCGAGAAUACCCAUCGUUCAAAAGAAGAAAAUAUUGGCGAGUGGAAAUUGAAACGACGCAUAGAUGAAAAACGUGAUAUUGUGUACACAAAGUUGGUUUGA